AUGCAGAUUGGCUCAAUACUAUCGGCACAUAAUCUUCACAGUUUGCCGGCCGCCGCCGGAAGUUCGAGCUUCAGGUGCGGCGGUUUGCGGUCGAAAUCAUUUAUGAGACUUCCAGUUCAAUCACAAAAUGUGAAGUCAUUACUCCAAUCCAAGCAUUCUGAUCCGGAACCGGUUCAAGAAGGAUCCAACAACAGGUCAUUGGGAGACAAAGCAAAAGGUCUCUUGGACCAGCUGAAAUUGAGUAGUGUGUGGCCGGAAAUGAAGGCUGCAGAGGAAAUGUCACCGCGGCAUUUGAAUAGGCUACGAAGGCUUUUAUCCAAAUCACCGGAAUAUUCUCCUAGGAAUAAUCUAGGCAGCCGUUGGCGAGAGUACCACGGUAAGGACGACUGGUCUGGCCUCCUUGAUCCACUCGACGAGAAUCUCCGACGAGAGUUGGUCCGUUAUGGCGAGUUCAUCCAGGCGGCUUACCAUUGUUUUUACUCAAAUCCUGUCACCUUGACAGAUGAAGUUACAUGUGGAAGACACGUGGCACUGCCUGAUAGGUCAUAUAGAGCGACAAAGAGCCUCUAUGCCACUUCAACAGUCGGGUUUCCAAAGUGGGUGGAUGAUGUGGCACCCGAUCUUGGGUGGAUGACCCAACGAUCGAGUUGGAUUGGGUACGUAGCAGUGUGUGAAGACAAGAAAGAGAUUCAAAGAAUGGGGCGAAGAGAUAUCAUAAUAGCACUACGUGGCACUGCUACGUGUCUUGAAUGGGCAGAAAAUUGUAAAAGUUUAUUAGUUCCAAUUGAGAAAGAAAGUAAUCCGGCAUGUGUACAGCCUAAAGUGGAAUGCGGGUUCUUGGACCUAUUCAAAACCCCUGGAGCAAACGUGCCAAGCCUAGCUGAAUCAGUGGUCGAGGAAGUUCAAAGAUUAACUGAAAAGUACAAAGGCGAGACUCUAAGCAUAACCAUAACAGGGCACAGCCUUGGCGCCGCCUUAGCAUUGCUCGUUGGGGAUGAACUGAGUAGGUGCACACAGGCUAUGCCCCCCAUCGCUAUUUUCUCUUUUGGAGGUCCUCGAGUUGGCAACCGGGGUUUUGCAAAUACUAUUCGUUCAAGACACGUGAAGGUAUUGCGAGUAGUGAAUUCUCAAGACGUGAUCACUAGAGUUCCAGGUAUGUUCGUGAGCGAAGAGCUUGACAAGAAGGUUGAGGACACUAGAGCUGCAAAAUUUCUUAACGUGCUAGAUAAUAGCAUGCCAUGGGCAUAUGUACAUGUUGGGAGCGAACUAAGAGUUGAUACUAGAAUGUCUCCAUACUUAAAGUCAAAUGCCGAUGUAGCAUGUUGUCAUGAUUUAGAGGCGUACCUACACUUAGUAGAUGGGUUUUUAGCAUCUAAUUGUCCAUUUAGAGCAAAUGCGAAGAGAAGUUUAUUAAGGUUGGUCAAUGAACAAAGAUCAAACGUUAAAAGAUUGUACACAAGUAAGGCAAAGACCUCAAGCUUGAGUCUUGAAAGCGAUGCUAUGUCCUUGUUUAGUUUGUCUAGUCCGUCUUGA